GCAUGACUUCAGGUUAGCCAGCAGUUUUGCUUUAUCUUUCAUAUUCUGUUUGGUGAGCAAUUUAUUUUUGAGAUAGAGAUUUCAAAAUAUAGCCGGUGUCUUCAGCUUUAUAAAUAAUACAGUUUAGACUACAGGAGCUUUCAUAUUAUAGCCACAUGCAUCAAUAACCAAAGUCCAUGUUGCAACAAAAACAAACAAUUAAAACAAGAACAAAAUCAAAACAUGUGGCUCUCCUGUGUUGGGAAAUAUAUCGAGCUUGUUCAGUGUGACUCUGUGGGCCAACAGGAAACUCUGCUUUAUGUAUGGAGUCAUGUCAGCAGGCUGUCAGGUCGUGAAUACAGCAGGGAGUUGACAGCGAUUUGAGCUCCAGUUGACGAUGAAGUACAGAGGGAGCAGAAACUCAUGAGAAGAGAGGGAGAGAACAAGGUCAGGAGGGAAAGUUUGCAGAGGAGGCAGAAAUCAACAAGUUACGAAGAUGCAGAACUUGCAGAUGAGUUUUGCCUGUUCAUUUAUCCUUUGCUGCAUCUGUUUGACUGAGUCCCGACAGUUGAAGUUUGUUGUUGCUGUGUUCCGACAUGGUGAUCGAUCGCCUAUUGAGUCAUACCCCAGGGAUCCACAUGGGGAGGGAGUGUGGGCUCAGGGCUUUGGACAGCUCACAGAGCUGGGCAUGAAGCAGCAGUUUGAGCUUGGAAGAUUUCUACGGAGGCGUUAUGGAAACUUUCUCAGUGAAGAUUACGACAACAAAGAGUUAUAUGUUCGGAGCACUGACUACGACCGUACUUUGAUGAGCGCCCAAGCCUGCCUUGCUGGGAUGUAUCUCCCAGCCAGACGCCAGCCUCCCAUCAUGCCCCAGUUACUGUGGCGGCCGAUUCCAGUGCACACCAUCCCCAGAGCCCAAGACAAGCUGUUGAGAUCUCCAGGGAAAGACUGUUCAAAGUUCAGGGCACUAAUGACAGAUACCUUUGAGAGUGUUCCCUACCAGAGGUUCCUCCGGGCUCACCAGUACUUUGUGGAAGGUCUCUCCAACCACACUGGCUACCCUGUGUCCAAGCUGGUUGGUAAAAAAAUAUGGAGGGUCUAUGACACCCUCACCUGUCAGAGGAUUCAUAACUUAACUCUCCCACAAUGGGCCACCCAAGAUGUCCUGGAAACCUUAAAGGGAAUAGCAACCUUUGAGGUCAAAUACAGCAUUCUCAGUCACAAGCGGAAAGAGAAGGCCAAGCUCUCGGGAGGGGUCCUACUAAACGCCAUCUUGAGGAAUUUCUCUGAUGCUGUGGAGCAAGGAAAAACUCUCAAAUUCAUUAUCUACUCUGCUCAUGACUCUACACUCAUCACCCUCCAGGCAGCUCUGGACGUGUACAACGGGCUUCUUCCUCCCUACGCUGCCUGUCAACUCUUUGAGUUCUACCAGGAGUAUGAUGGAUCCUAUUCACUGGCACUUUAUUAUCGCAAUGAAUCCUGGCGUGACCCCUACCCCAUCCCGGUGCCAGGAUGCAACGGGUUGAACCCCUGCCCUUUGUCGCUGUUCACUGAGCUGGUGCAGGACGUAAUGACAGAUGAAUGGGAGGUUGAAUGCGGGUUUAGGACAAAGUGGUCGAGCACAGGUAUCAUCACAGCACUUGCAGUGGCAGUGGGACUCCUGGCAGUGGCACUGCUGUUCAGUAUAGGGAUGGCCAUCCACAGGCGGAGGACAAACUACUCUAGGGGCGUGUAGUGUAAACGAUUACCACACAAGUGUAAAAAUUACAUAACUAUGCAUCGUCAAAGUGGAAACACUUCUCAUAAUCAUGUACUAUAUAUAUUAUGAAUCAGUUUAAUAUUUGGAUUUUGUGUGGAAAGUUUAGGAGGUCUUUUCUUCUUUGAAUUUUGUGUGUAUGAUUUCAAUAUUCACAAAAGUGAUCUUAAAGCAAGAAAUAAGAUGUAUUACAAAUUGACAGAAAUUGUAACAGGCAUCAAUUAAAUUUAUUUGAUUCACUCUUGA